UCCAUGUCUCAAUCGCUCUAUCUUACCAUUAACAUCAUGAAAUUACCAACAACUCAGUAGUAUAACUUCAUAUGUUCGCUGGCUUCAGACCCUCAAAACGCUCGGCAGCGAAAACUUGGAUGCUCACUUCCUAAAGAAUGGCUCCUACAAUGGAGAGAGACGGUGGCUCCAGGAUUGAGUAUGAGGUGUUUUUGAGCUUCAGAGGGUCCGAUAGUCGCACAACAUUCACCGAUUGUCUCUACGAAGGCAUGAAAGGUGCAGGGAUCCGCGUCUUUAGGGACGACGAUGAGCUCCAAGUCGGGCAAAAGAUCAAGGAACAGCUCCCACGGGCCAUCCAGAACUCAAGGAUCUACAUGCCCAUCUUGACAAGGAACUUCGCGUCAAGCAAAUGGUGCCUAAAUGAACUCGCCGAGAUGGUCGAGAUGGCGUCAAAGUCAAAAGGCACAAAAGAGAUCCUCCCCAUUUACCUUGACGUGAAUUCGGACGACGUCAAGCUCAAGACUCCAUUGUUCCGCGACGCGUUCGCACGGCACGAGAAGAACUUCGCAGCCGACCAAGUGAAGUCUUGGUGUGACGCCCUCAUGGCGGUCGAGGAAAUCAAGCGAUGGAGCUUGAAAAAUUAUCACGGCUAUGGCGAACUCAUUAAAGUGAUCAUCCAGAAGGUCCUGAUUAAGCUGAAUGCCAAAUACAAGAACCUUACCAAACACUUGGUCGAAGAUCAUGUUCAGGUCAAUGCAAUUAUGAAGCUGUUAGACAUCAACUCUAGCAGCGUGCGCUUCGUGGGAAUCCAUGGGAUAGGUGGAAUUGGUAAGACAACGCUGGCGAAAGUCAUUUACAACAAAUUAUCUUCUCGCUUCGACCACUGCAGCUUCCUCGAAAAUGUUCGAGAGAUCUCCAGAAGAUCAGAUGGUCUUGUGCACUUGCAGAAGCAAUUGUUGUCAAGCAUCCGGAGGUUCAGCAGCGAUACUUUUAUCCGCGACAUUGACCAAGGGAUCGACAUGAUAAAGAAGGCACUUUGCGACAAGAAAAUGCUCAUUGUGCUCGAUGAUGUGGACGAGAAAGAGCAGCUCGAAAAGCUAGUUGGGAAGAGCGCUUGGUUCGAAGAUGGAAGCAGGGUCAUUAUAACAACUAGGAACACAAGCAUCCUGACCGACCAGAUGGAAACAUUAAAGGUCGGCCCUGCCCCGAAUCGACAUGAAGGAAUCUUGACAUAUCAAGUCGAGGAAAUGGGAUUUAGUCAAGCACUUCAGCUAUUCUGUCGACAUUCCUUUAGAAGAGACUCUCCUACAGAAGAUUACGAUAGCCUAUCGAGACAGAUUGUCUCAACUUUAGGGAAGCUUCCUUUGGCUAUCGAAGUGAUAGGGUCAUCUCUUUCAUGCGGUACCACUGACAAGGCCUUAUGGGAAGAGACACUGAAGAAGUUACAGAAAGUUCCUCCGAAGAAAGUCCAAGAGACGUUGAUGAUAAGUUAUGAGGGUCUGGAAUUGACGCAGCAGAAAGUGUUCCUGGACAUUGCUUGCUUUUUUAUCAAAGAAGCCAAGAAAUAUCCUAUUUUCAUGUGGAGCGAUUGUGAAUACUAUCCUCAUGACGCAAUCAGAGUCCUCCUUCUCAGGUCUUUGAUAACGAUUGGAGAUGACUAUAGAUUUUCGAUGCAUGACCAAGUUAGGGAUCUCGGAAGGCACAUUGUCCACGAAGAGAAUUGCAGAUUUCCUGGGAAGCGUAGCAGGGUAUGGAUUCCGGAGGACGCAUUGAAUUUAUUGAGGAAUAAGCAGGCAAGUGAAGAAGUAGAAGCACUGAGACUGAGUUUUAAUGGUCAAAGUAAUGGCAGUGGCUGUACCAUCACAGAUGAAGAAUCACAGAGUCUGCGGAGUCUCAGGCUCCUUCGAGGGAAAGGGUUGAAUUUCGUCGGGAACUUCAAAAAUCUUUUUUCUGAGCUAAGGUGGCUUUCUUGGCAUGAGUGUCCUCCGGAUUUCACGGCAACGAAUUUUCACCUCACUAAUUUGGUGGUGCUCGACCUUUCCAAGAGUGAAAUUACUGAAGACUGGACUGGAUGGAGUCAAAUCAAGAUGGCACAAAAGUUGAAAGUUUUAGAUCUGAGAAGCUGCAAUUGCUUGAGAAGCACGCCUGACUUGUCUAACUUUGCGUCUCUGGAGAUAUUGGUUCUUGCUUGGUGUUCCAAGUUAGUCACAAUCGAUCGCUCCAUUAGUAAGCUACAGAACUUGAAAACUCUGAAUAUGGAAGGAUGCAAAUCUCUUCAGGAGUUGCCUGAAGAAGUUGGUUCUCUAAAUUCUUUGACGGAGUUAAUCAUGCCCAAAGAUUGCAAGCUUCCCGAGACAAUUGGCAAUUUGAAAUCUUUGUGUAGUUUGAGUAUGAAACAGAAUGAGAGAAUAAGCAGACUCCCAUACUCUAUCGGAGGGCUAGCGAAAGUCACGCAUUUGUCGAUAGAAGGUUGCAAAGGAAUUAAGGAGCUUCCACACACGCUCGGGGAAUUAGAAUCGCUGGUCAAAUUAGAUCUGUCAUUCUCAGGAGUAGUCAAUGUACCUGAUUCAAUUGGAAAUCUGAAGAAACUCAAAGACAUCAGGAUGGGAAACACAAAGAUAAGAAAGUUACCUGACACAAUCGGGCUAUUGGAGAUGCUUGAAGAGUUACAUUGCCCGGAGUGUCAGGGCCUAUCCGGCGAAAUCCCAUGUUCUAUUGGGAGAUUGUCCCAUUUAAGGAUCUUGGACUUAUCAGGCACUUGCAUCUCUGGAUUGCCUGCCACAAUCAGUUGUCUCCCUCAUCUCAAAGAACUUGAGUUGAAGGAGUGCCACGAGCUUCAACGAUUGCCAGAGCUUCCUUCGAGCUUGACAAGCCUUGCCCUUGAUGCUUAUCACCGUCAAAUUAUUCCCGACCUCUCAAACCUAAUUACUUUAGAAAACUUAGACUUGUCGUUCCACAGAGAUUUUCUUGGGGGCACUAGCAAGGGGAAGGAACCUCUCUCACCUUGGAAAAACAUAAAAUCCAUCCACCAGCUUCCAUCUAGCUUGUCAACCUUGAAACUUACCGAUGUCACGCCACUGCCACAGUUUUCCAGCUUCAGGAAACUAUCAGAACUCUCCGUUUCUAGCUGCUCGAUGGAGCAAUUUCCAGCUCUUGACCACCUGGAAAAUUUAAGGGAAUUAUCCGUAGAAAAUUGUGAAUCCCUCCUGAGAACACCCGAUCUAUCACACUUAAAGAAUCUGGAAACCCUGCGUCUAACUGACUUGCAAGGACUUGUAGAAGUACAAGGUCUGGGGGAAUUGGAAUCUCUGGAGUCCCUAAAGAUUACAUGUUGUGGGUCAAUAGAGAUAUUAGCCAACCUAUCGAAGCUGGAAAAGCUGCAGCAUUUCGAUCUGGAAUGUUGUCCCGGGCUAAGAGCCGUUGAAGGCCUCAGUGGCUUACGAUGUUUGAGAUACGUGACUAUUAAAGAUUGUCAGUCCCUGGAAAGUUUGCCAGAUCUGCCGAGAUGGACAAAGCUAGACUCAGAUUGGGAAUCAUCAGAAACGUCAGACCCUUGUGUUUACAUCAGCGGCUAGACCGAUCAGUGUCUUGUGAGCCACUCACGUUGGAGAUAAGGACAAGUAGUCUGAAUAUUAACCAACACAGGUCCUGCUAAGAACUAUGCCAAAAGUCCGGCCUCGGUGAAUAGUACUUCAUCUUCGAAAAUGCAAUUUCCCUUGGACACUCCUCACAAGACACUACAAAGGUGCUCAUUCAAAGGGGAGGACACAGAUUCAGAGAAGAUAUACGUAGAGGCAUCAAGAGCUCUCAACAUAUCAAGCGUCCAAGCCCCAUAAUCUUCUUCAACAUACAUCGUAGUCUUGUAGAUCGCUUUUCAAAUCCCCGUCACCUUUGUCAUCGUUCAUCAGAAUUCUAUUGGAUCAAGUUUCAAAACCCCAGAGAUUCAAGAAGUCAAGUUUUCCAUCGUACAAUUCGAGAUCAACUGCUUAGGCACUCGAGUUAACGUCUCCAUUUAGUCAAGAAUGAGAGAUACACUUGCAAUCAAGUUGUCGAACUAGAGAUUGUAUCCACAUCGUUUGUUAUUAUUAAAUUUUGGCACUAGUUUUCUUGUCUGAAAUUUAGACUAGAAUUUCAUUUGUGUACAAUCAUAAUGGCUAAAUGUCCUGUCUUUUUCUUUACUCUGCAGUUUAUCUAAGCGUAGUUC